AUGAACAAAUUAAUUAUAGUUGUACUUCUCGGAUUAGCAUCUGCAUAAUUACAAAGUGUUUAAACAUUGAACGUAACUUAAUAUUUAGGUAACUGGUAUGAAGUGGCCAGUAGUCCAUGGGUUCAUUUAACAUUUGAAAAAGAUGCUUAUUGUACUAGAGCUACAUAUGGUUUAUAAUCAGAUGGAAACUUAAGUGUAUUAAAUAUGGAAAGAUAUGGAUCUCCUUAAGGUGAAGUAAAAGAAAUAACAGGUUAUGCUUAUAUUCCAAAUCCAGCAUAACCAGGUUAAUUAAAAGUACAUUUAGAUGGAGCACCAUUUGAAUAUGCUGAUUAUUGGAUUGUUUAAUUAGGACCAGUCAAAAAUGAUUAAUAUUAAUGGGUUAUUGUUAGUGAACCAUCCAAAUUCUUUAUGUGGGUUUUAGCAAGAGAUCCAGUUGAAUACAACUUAUUGUAUGCAACAUAGGUUCAAAAUACUGUUUCUAAUACUCUUUAAUUUGAUGGACGUUUUAAUUAAUAUGUUGCUAGACCAUGGACUGGAUGUAUUCCAUAUGGUGAUGCUUAAUGAUAA